AUGAGUAAUCAUAGUAAAACAACAUUUAUUUUCAAAUUAAGUAAAGCAGAUAGUUGUGUAGCGGUUCCAAAAUUCGAUGGAGGUUCGACCGAUAGUUCGAGACCGUUGGUUCUGUUGCUGGGUUGGGUUGGUGUUCCUCCUGACGAUGUUGCUAUCGCCACUGCUGGCGUUGCAGUAUCUACCGUUUGUAUGGACGUACUACUCGACGCUCGCGUCAAAGAAGACGACAGUCUCAUUCUCUCGAAAUGUUUCACCGAGUCCGAACAUGUAGCACACUAUCGCAAAUAUCCAGUACAAUAUACUCAUCAAAUUGAUUUACUAUUGGAUAAUAUUGAACAUAACAAUAACAAUAAUAAUCAGAAAUCAUCAAAACUCAGUAUUAUAGUUGUAAAUGCAGGAAAUGUAAAGAAUAAAGUGAAAUCAGAGAUAUACUCACAUCAUCCUGAUUUAAUAAAUAAACAACAAAAACCAACAACAAAUAUAAAUAGUAAUAGUAAUAAAAAUAACAAUAAAAAAAAUGUAAAUAGUAAUAAUAACAACAAAAACAAUAAUAUUAAAAUAGAUUCUUCAAUUUGUAAGAACUUUCCCGAUCUUUGUUCAAACGACAAUGAUGAAGAAUCAUCACCAACAAAUAUAAAUACAAAUACAAAUAAUAAUAUAAAAGAACGAAAUCAACAAAAUAAAGAUAAUAAAAAAGAUAAUAAUAUAGAUAUUAAAGAAGAUGAUUAUUAUGAUGAUAAUAGCAAUAAAGAUAGAGAUAGAAUAGUUAAUAAUGUUGUUAUAGUUGGAAUUACUCUCUUUAUGAUAAUGUAUUCAACUAUCUCUAAUUUGGAUGUAAAGAAUCAAGAGAAUAGGUCGAUGGAUGAGAAGCAGGUUGAGAUGAGAGCAAUGCCCGAUGAACAACAGUUGAUACGCACCGAUCUAGAGGAUUAUCUUCGACAGAAUGAAUUUCUUUGUAUAGAGAGUGAAUUGAAGCUAUUGUAUAACGCUCAGCAAUCGUCGUCGUCGUCGUCGUCGUCGUCACCAGAUGAUGAAAUAACAAAGAGAUCACGUACAGUACUCGCACUGUACCACCAAGGAAGAAACAUACAAGAUCGAGUCAAUGACUAUCUCUACAACUCUGACAAUCAAAUAGAUCAACAUCAAUUACAAACCGAUUACAUUCAAUUUAAACAAUCAUCAUCUGAAUUUAAAGAUGAACUUGGAGAUGAAUUUGAUAGUUUAGAGAAAUCUAUAAAGUUGGCUAGCGAAGAGAAUAAGAUCAUUGGUGAAAUCAAAAAGUUGAUAGAACUUGGCUCUGAUAUGAAUAACGACGAUAUACAGGAGUCUGGAAAGUUACUGGAUACUAUUGACUCGAAAGGACUUGGAUCAAAGACACUAAGAUUAUCGAUUGAUCUAAAGAACUUGGUUCGUAAAAAUGAAAAGAGAUACCAAGAACAAACACUACUACUAGAGCAACUUGAACAACAUCAACAACAAUAUCAACAACAACAACUAGAGAAUAGUAAUAAUGUAAAAGAAGAGAAUUGCAGUAAUGAUAAUGAAAAAUCAACAAUUAUUGUCAAUACUACAAAUACAAACAAAACAGACAAUGAAGAUGAUGACAUUGAAUAUAUUAGUAGUAACAAUAGCAACAAUAUUAGUAAUAGCUAUAAUAAUAAUAGAAAGAAAAGAUACUCUCAAAGUAAUUUAUCACCAGAGAUAUCUAGCUGCAACGGUGUUUGGUAUCUAUCUGGUCUAUUCGAUCUACACCAUGGUCAAUACGAUCGUGUCGCCACUCUCAUCGCUACGCUACUGUCUGAUGCCACAGCUAACACUGUCGCUGCGCAACCCAUCGCAAAUCAUCGCAGUCAAUCCACUCUGCUCUAUGGAGUGGUCGUCGUUUGUCAUUGUAAUCAUCGGAUUCCUCACCUACCAACUCAGUCAGAAUGGCUAUCUAAUGAUGAUUCCGCCAAUCGCCGGAAUAUGCCUGUACAAAGAUAUCAUACUACACUUUAUUGUAUCGCAAUACCCCCAUAUCAUCGUCAGUCUUGCUCUCCUGGCAGUGUGGUGGUUGAAAUUUAA